CGCGCGCGGGAAGCGGGCGGCGCGGCGCGGUGACGUCAUCGGGCAGCGCCGCAAUGGCGGCGCCGAAGGUGAAGCAGGACAUGGCCCCGCCGGGCGGCUACGGCCCCAUCGACUACCGGCGGCACCUGCCGCGCCGCGGCCUCUCGGGGUACAGCCUGUUCGCGCUCGGCGCCGGGAGCCUCCUGCUGGGUUAUUACACCCUCGUCAAGUGGAACCGCGAGCGCAGGCGGUUGCUGAUUGAGGAGUUGGAAGCUCGGAUCGCGCUGAUGCCGCUGCUGCAGGCGGAGUCGGACCGCAGAACUCUCCGGAUGCUGCGGGAGAACCUGGAGGAGGAGGCCAAGAUCAUGCGGGACGUUCCGGGCUGGAAGGUGGGCGAGUCCCGUUUCCACACGGAGCGCUGGGUGCCCCCCACGCUGGAGGAGCUCUACUUCCUGCGGCCCCGCAGCGAGCUGGAGCGGGAGAAGUUCGGCCUGCAGAACUACGUCUGACCCCAAAUCCCAAACCCCCAAAAACCCCAAAUCACAAACCCCGCCCUUCCCACCCCUUCCCAAACUUCCCCCCCUUUUCCCGUCUCUCUCCGGGCUGUUUCCCCCAUCCCGAGCUUCUUCUGACUCCUGUUCAUUAAUAAUUAGUAAAUAAUGAAUUAAUAAAGGAAUAAAUUAU